CCUCCUUAUACUUGCAGUCCUCGUUGGGACCAGUUUAAUGCACAGCCCCUUGACUGGCACAAUAGAAUGAAACAAAACAAUGAGAAAUAUUGUCCUAUAAUGCGAAGCUCACAUGCCAUAUGGGACCUAGUUUGAACCUUAUGAACCUACUUUAAAACCCCUAGUCUUGAUAUCCGAAGUGACGCAUUACCUUAUUACACGUUUUAUCGUUAUACACGUACACUUUUAUGUUGCAUCAAUAAAGAUACACAUUAUUUAAUAAUUCCUCAGUAUUCUAUAUUGAAACAUUUCAGACACUAGCCUACGAGUAGUUAGUUUAGAAACUCCAUGUCCGGCCUCUUUAUAAUAGGCUACUACGCAACACCAUGAAUUAAGUCUAUAGCAUCGUAUAUUCUUCAAAUUAAGUUCGCUGGUGUGAGAUUUAAUACUCUUAACCUAACAAACACAAAAUGUGGCAUAUUCUGUGGUUAUAUUUUACUUCUAUAUUUUGGAGUUACUCGCGAAUCGUUGUUAAAUUACUAACAUUUUAAGCAUAGGCUACUAAGAGGCAACUUGUAUUUUUCUGAUUCUCACUAAUUUCUUUUCAUCCCCAUCAUGCAAUUUAUUUUCUUAUGGCUUUGCACUGAAACUAAGAAAUGAAGUGGGAAAAGUGUCGAAGGGGGACAAUCCCUCCCCCUCGGUCGAAUCGAUUGUCUUUGCAGAGCAAUCAGAUGUUCUUGCUCUGUUAGCGAUUAUGCUAGCAAGUAUAAAAGUGCGAGGUGAGCAGAGCUGCAGUCGCUGUGAGAGCCACCCACCGACCAUCAGCCACACUUCGGCGUCUCCGCAUCUUCACAGCACGCUGUCCCCAACACCGGCUUUACACGAUGAGUUAUACUUUAGAUUCUAUAUGUAACCCUACUUAUAGGAGGGUGAUCGACUCCAGGACAAGCUACAGCCGCACCAGCGCAUCACCUUCUCCUGGGUUUCGAUCCCGUGCAAUGCCGUCUCCGGUGUCCAUGUCUUACAAAAAAGCCUCUAACGUUCCGGUUGUCCGGGCAUUCGGCUCUGCGGUGCUCAGCUCCUCGGAAAGUCUUGACUUAAGCCAGUCCUCCCUGCUCAAUGGGGACUUCAAGCGCUCCAACGAGAAAGAGCAGCUCCAGGGACUCAACGACCGUUUCGCCGGGUACAUCGACAAGGUGCACUUUUUGGAGCAGCAGAACAAGGAGAUCGAGGGGGAGAUCCAGGCGCUGCGGCAGAAGCAGGUGUCGCAGUCCCAGCUCGGCGAUGUGUACGACCAGGAACUGAAGGAGCUACGUGCGAUGCUGGAGGAAAUCCACCGCGAACGAGCGCAGAUUCAGCUGGACGCGGACCACAUGGAAGAGGACAUCCAGAGGCUGACCGAGCGCUACCAGGAUGAAGUCCGAGUACGGGAGGAUACCGAGGCCGCCAUCCGUGCCAUGAAGAGCGACGUGGAUGACUCAGCUUUGAUUAAGUCAGAACUACAGAAAAAAGUGCAAUCCCUUCAAGAUGAGGUGGAGUUCUUGCGCAGGAAUCACGAAGAAGAGGUGACUGAGCUCCUGGCGCAGCUGCAGGCGUCGCAGAUCACCGUGGAGCGUAAAGACUACCUGAAGACCGACAUCACCGAAGCGCUCCGGGAGAUCCGCUCGCAACUUGACGGACACUCGUCUAAGAACCUCCAGCAAGCCGAGGACUGGUUCAUUAGCCGCUACUCCAGGCUUACCGAAGCGGCCGAACAAAACAAGGAUGCGAUCAAAAACGCCCGGGAUGAGAUUGCUGACUCCCGCCGCCAGCUACAGACCAAGAACAUCGAGUUGGAGUCCGUCCGUAGCACAAAAGAGUCACUGGAACGGCAGCUCACUGACAUUGAGCAGCGGCAUAACGGCGAUCUGGCCAGUCUGCAGGAAACGAUUCACCAGCUGGACAACGAGCUGAAGGGCACGAAAUGGGAGAUGGCCCGACACCUGAGAGAGUACCAGGAUCUGCUCAACGUCAAGAUGGCUCUGGAUAUCGAGAUCGCGGCGUACAGGAAACUUCUAGAAGGGGAGGAGACUCGCUUCAGCAGUUUCUCUGGAGGCAUCGUGAGCCCCUCUUUCCCGUACCGUCAGCCGGUCAUACCCAGCAAGGUCCCUAAGGCCAAGACCGAAGCCCCCAAGCUGAAAGUGCAGCACAAGUUUGUGGAGGAGAUCAUAGAGGAGACCCGUGUGGAAGACGAGAAGGACAUGGAUGAAGUUCUGGCCCAGGCUGUGGAGGAGCUGUCUGCUGAGCAGGAGGAGGUGGCUGGUGAAGAGAAGGAGGAAGAAGAGCAGGAGAAGGAAGAGGAACAGGCAGCAGCAGAGGAGGAGGAAGAAGCAGCAGAGGAAGAAGAGGUGGUGGCCACCACUCAAGCUGCAGUGAGCUCUAGCCCACCAGAGGAGGAGCAGGAAGAGGAAGGAGAAGACGACAAGCAAGGAGAGGGUGAAACUGGAGAUGAAGCAGAAAAGGAGGGAGAGGGUGAAGAUUCCAAGGAGAGGGAAGAAGAGGCAGAGGAGGAUCAGGAAGAGGCAGAGGGUGGAGAGGAGGGGGAACAGAAAGAAGGGGAUGAUGAAGAAUCUGUGGUGGAGGAGACAGUGUUGUCCACAAAAGCCACCAAAGCAGAAGCCACACCUGAAAAAACAGAGGAAGAUAAGGAGGAGAGCACUGUAGAGGAGAAGGAAAAAGGAGGAGAGAAGGAGCAAAAAGUAGAAGAGGAUGAGGGGGACCAGAAGAGUGAUGCCAAAGAAGAUGCAGACACAGAAAAUGGCAAAGUUACAAGUGAAGAAAAGAAAGAGGAACACCAAGACAAAGCAGAUGAAGAUAUCAAGGAAAAGGAUGAAACAGAUAAGAAGGCAAAGGAAGAGAAAUUGGAGGAGCCUGUAGCCAAGAGUGAGGCUCCCAAAGUGGAAGCAAAGGAAGAUAAGAAGAGUGAACUAGAAGGCAAGGAAGACAAGAAGAGCAUUUCAGAAGUUAAAGAAGAUAAGAAGAGUGAAUCAGAAGUUAAGGAAGACAAGAAGAGUGAUUCAGAAGACAAGAAGAGUGAUUCAGAAGACAAGAAGAGUGAUUCAGAAGACAAGAAGAGUGAUUCAGAAGUUAAGGAGGAGAAGAAGAGUGACUCAGAAGUUAAGGCAGAGAAGAAGAGUGAUUCAGAAGUUAAGGAAGAGAAGAAGAGUGAAACAGAAGUUAAGGAAGAGAAGAAGAGUGAUUCCGAAGUUAAGGAAGACAAGAAGAGUGAUUCAGAAGACAAGAAGAGUGAUUCCGAAGUUAAGGAAGAUAAAAAGAGUGAUUCAGAAGACAAAAAGAGUGGUUCAGAAGUUAAGGAAGAUAAGAAGAGUGAUUCAGAAGGUAAAGAAGAAAAGGCAGGAAAGGCAGUUGAAAAGGAAGACUUAGCUGUCAAUGGAACAGUUGAAAAGGACGAGAAAAAAGCCGGAACAGAAAAACAAGAAGUGGUGACCAAUGGCACAGACAAGAGCCCCACCAGCGAUGGCAGUAACCAGAAGGUCGUCAUCACCGAAAAGGUGGAGACUGUCACCAAUGGUGACGGUGGAGCCAAGCAUGUCACCACAUCGGUCACAGUCACCGAGACUACGAAGAAGGCGGAAGAGAUGCUCCAGCAGGAAGUAGUCUCCACCAAGAAAGUAGAAAAGAUCACCCACGAGGUGAAGCAGGUCACUGAAACACAGUGAGGGUACUGUCCAGCCAUGGAGAGGACGAGAGCCCUCCUUUAACGCCUGAUCGAGAGCAUAUUAAAAUACGUAGCGAAAGCCAUAAGGUACAACACGCUGAACAAAAGUGCAUGACGAGUGAUAGCUUUCAACGGGCUCUGCCCUGUGCCGCUGACGGGGGUUUUCUGAAGGGGGAGUCCUUUUAUUAUCUUUGUGCAAUAUAUGGGGGUGGGGGAUACUGCAUGCAAUUGUCAAACAGGUACACCCCUUCCCCCCCCAACAUCGCAGCAGGGCCAAUUCCAGCAUUACAAGUGUGUGUACGCGAGCAGUGUGUGUGUGUGCGUGUAUGUGUGGGUGAGGAUUUUUCCAGUGUGUCAGAUGCAUCUGAAUUGAGCUGUGCUGUCAAGAGUGGGGCAGGAAAAACUGGGGGGGGGGUUGGUUCCUGUUAUAGCUGAAUUUAGUCAACAUAUGCAAAGAAUUUACUGAGCCAAAAAUAUUUAGCAAUGAUGAUGGUUACUGUAAUAACCGUAUUGUUACAAGGGCACAUGACGAUUGAAGUGUAGGAUUAUUCUGAGACAAACCGAAGCGACUAAUGACAGGAAAAAUCUAAUGCUCCUAGCCUUAAAAAUGCAGUUUAUCAUUGUCUGUUCUCUUUACCUCAUGACUACAUUAAAGAAUAAAAUGUACAUUUAAGCAACGAGAAACGCUGAUGCAUAUGAAUGACCCUCACUCCAGAGUGAAUUCAACUAAGGUGCUAAAGUAUGCCACCCAUUUCAAAGUUUCAUUGACAGUUUCUCAAUGGCAUUUGCUCAAUAAACGUCAAUCGAAAUGACUCACAAUCA